AUUUGAAUGAUGAACUUUUAAGUUUUGUCCUUUUACAAGCCUGUUGCAGCUUUUAACACAUUUUUACAGUGAAACAAGUCUGUAAGGCGUCCCUUCAAAGUCAAUUUAAUAAGAAAAACAACUGUAAUGAUGAAUUUAAUUUGGAAUAUAAAUAAAUCUGAAGACAAACAUGCUGUAAUUGCUGCAUUUAGAAGCAGUCGAGGCUCUCAAAAAACUAAAUGACUGACAAUAGUGCCCUGUCUCUACAUCAGAGCCGAUCAAUCAUUUACAGUUAUGAUAUGACCGGGGAACUAGGUUGUGUAACUGGGUUAUUGAUGGCAGGAUGAGGAAGAGUUUGCAUGCAGCUGCAUCUGUAAUAAAAAAGAACGCUUCCUGUUCAGUCAGGCGACUCAACAGAGCGGCACACAGAGGGAGAUACAGGUGUUUGCCAGGUAACCCAGGUGACAGAAGAGGACGGCGAGGGAGCCGCAGCCACAGAGAUGAAGUGCGACUUUCACCGUGAUCUCCUGAUGAUGGUGGGGUCAGGUAUUCCUCUGUAACGCCUCCACUGCUAUGGCCUACCUCACUCACACCGCCCAUGCCCAGCUCUGCGCCCUGUGGCUGAGCUGCCUUGGCUGGACGCUCACCGCCGUGGCCCUGGGACUCAUCCAGUGGAGGGUUUGGCUGGUGUUUGACACGGAGGUCAUCAGCUCGGGGGUGGCCUGGGUGGGCAUCUGGCGGACGUGCUUCAACAGCCACACCGUGGUGACCCCAGGCUUUAGGAUCAUGCACUGCAAGUACAUCAGCCUGACGGAGGCCUUCACGCCGCCGGAGAUCGUGGCAGGUCAGGUUCUCAUGCUCCUGUCGCUGCUCGUGGGGCUUUGUGGGAACGCUGGCGGUGUUUACGCCUUGAGGAACGUCACUUUUGGGAUGAAGAACUCGCGGAUCCGUUUGGCGUUCCUCACAAGCGGGAUGCUUUGCCUGUUGGCCGCCGCGAUGUCACUCAUACCUCUCGUGUGGAACCUAAACUCGGUGGUGACCAAUCAGACAAUUAAGUUCCCGCCUGAGUUUAAAAUGCCCAGGGCUCCUGAUGCUCAGCACGUGGGGUCUGGCAUCGCAGUCGGGAUGAUCGGGGCCAUCCUGAUGAUCGUCUCUGGGAUCACUUUUUGCAUGCACAGGUUACCUGCGAGGUCUGUGAGAGAAGAGGUUCACCUGGACUCACCUGGGACCAGCAACCAGGGGGCUUUAACAAGCUCCAGGGGGGUAGAGAACCUGGCGUUUGAGUCUCACUUGUGAUGAGUUUGACUCGUGUAAAAAAAACUUUCUGCAUCAGCUUUCGCUCCGUGAUCCAGCAGCCGAUAUAUACGUGAUUGAUUUGAUUUUAUUAUCGCUUUGGUGACUGAUCUAAUUUGAAGACCUGGAGGAGGAUGAAGUGAAUGACUCAUCACUUUUAAACUGAAGUUUCUGUUUUGUUCACGUCUUCAGCUGCAAUAAAACGAGUUUAC